UGCGAAAGCCAAAAGCAGGGUCGGAUCGGUGGAGAGGGGUGGAGCGGAGAAUGUAGCGUUGAGGAUUUUAAUAAGAAACAAUUUAAGAAUCGCGCUCUUGGCCGUGCGAAAAGCGCUUGGCCCACUCGUUUAAAUGUCCCCAUUGAUAGCGUCGAUUGAGUGUGUUUCGUCCCCGGUGUUCGGCCGUUAAAGAUUGUGUUGUUUUCGUGCCGGCAGAGCUCACCAAUUCGAAACCCCCAAAAAAGUUUCCACUUUUUCUUUCCCCCAGAAAAGUGACAAUUAUUCGUGGCCGUGGGUGGCGGAUGCAGCUGCAAAGCGGGCGGCAGCGAUUAAAGUGGUGCAAUCUGCAGUCCGGCGCAGGUCCUCUCUAUUUGUUUAUGUUGAUAAACGGUACUUGUGAGCCAACCAAGUGCAGUUAGCAGUGAAAUUGCCACGGUUAUUAAGUGGUUGCUUGGUGUACGUGCAGAAAACCUAAAACAGACAUAUCCCCAGAAGAAGAGGAAGCAAGAGGAAAAGCAGCAGGAGAAGGAGGAAGAGGAGGAGCAGCAGCGACGUCUCAGUUGUUUUUGUUUGGCUGCGAGAGGGAGAGGGAGAGAGGAGAGGAGCGGAGAGAACAGAGCGACGAAGAACACGCGGCUCUUUCGAAAAAAAAGGGCGGGAAGGCCCUUUGGGUUCGAAUUAGCAUUAAUCCACCACUGAUAUUCCGUUACUCUGCCCGCCGGAAAUGUCAAGGGGGGGCGAGCACAAGCGCGUCACCCUCACCUCGAUCAUCCAGGGCGAUGCGGGCUUCUCGCGCUUCGGCAGCAACCUCCUGGAGCCGGAUGCUCCUCCGUCCGCCGGUUCCAGCAACGGUUCCAAGCCCGCGGCCAAGCCCGCCAAGUGCAUCCGCAUCGAGCUCGAUCUGUUCAAGACCGAUUCGAACAAGUAUCCCGAGUUUAACUAUCCCCGGCUUUUGUACUUGGAGAAGAAAAAGGCUAAAAAGCUGAAGCAGGUGACCACUUGCAAUAACGCCGAUCCCUUCGCCGACAACGAUGACGAUGUGGCGCGGAUCGUCAAGGAGCUGGAGGCCAAGUACGGCAACUCCUAUGCCACAGGCAGGGGCAAGAGCAAAAAGGACGACUACGUGGACAUUGGCAUGGGCUACGAUGAGUCGGACUCCUUCAUCGACAACACCGAUGCUUACGAUGAAAUAAUACCGGCGGAGGCGGAGACCCUCGAGGGCGGCUUCUACAUCAACUGCGGCGCCCUGGAGUUCAAGAACCUCACCAAAAAGUCCUACACCACGCGAACCGAUGCCAUCAUCAAAAUGCCGGAGCGAUCGCGCAAGCGCAUGAUCUCCUCCAGCUCGGAAAGUUCCUCCUCAUCGUCCGACGAUGACGAGGAGAACGAUGGAGAGGGAGAGGGCGAGGGCGAGGAGGAGGAGGAGAGCGAUUCCGAGGACGACUCCGAUGAGGAGGACGAAAGCGAUUCCGAGGAUGACUCCGAGAGCGAGAGCCUCGAGGACGAGGACUCCGCUGCCACGGCCAAAUCGAGCAGCAAGUACAAAGACAAUCAUGUGGCCAAGCGACCAAAGGUCAUUGUUACGGGCAAGUCCAAGCCAGGCUCCAGCUCUUCGGCGGGCGGCAAGAAGCCACCGGUCAAGCCGAUCACCACCUCCUCGUCCUCGAACUCCCCGCGUCCCAGUACGGUGGAGAUUUCGGAUACGGAAGAAGUUCCGGGUCAGGUCCAGAUUCAGCCACCCAGUCAGCUGCAGGCCCUGCCCCAGACCCAGAGUCAGGCCCAAGCCCAGGCGCAGGCACUGAAGAAGGUGGUCAAGACGACCACGGUCAAGGACAUGCUGAAGGCCAAGCGGGACAGCUUCCUCAAGUCGCAGAGCGGCACGGCAGCUGUCAAGGGCGUCGUCAACGGCGAACUAAAGUGCAUUUCCACGGACGUCUCCGACAGCGACAGUAGCGACAUGGAGUCGGCCACGGAGCAAGGGCGGGCAGACAGACAGGGUGCUCAGUCAGGCAAGGAGGGGCAGGAAAAUCUUCGCACCGCCGACACUGUGCUACCCGCCACGCUGGAUGCGGAAAUUGUGACCGCUGUCAACAGCUUCAAAGAAGCGGUGAGGAGUCGAGACAUGUGCGGCAAGAAGUUUAGCCUGGAUGCCAGGCUCGCACCUCUGCUACUCCGAGUGUACGAGGCGGUACUCUGCACGGAUCGCAACGAACGCAACAUGGUCUUCUCGCACAUCGAGUAUCAGCUGCAGCUGCCCAAGUACUACAUGCUGCGCAAGGGCAAGCAGGUGCGCGCCAAGGAGGAGAAGAAGAAGUCCACCAAUACGCUGGACAAGCUGCGGCGGGCUGUGGCUGUGGUCAUGCCCAAGGCAAUAGCCAACUACGAAACGGAACUGCGCACCUUUGCUGAACAGGCAGCGGCGGAUGUGAACUCCGAGCUGCCGCCCAAGAUGCCGCGCAAGAAGUUCCAGUGGACCAGCGAGUUGCGUCAACUGCUGUACGAUGUCUACCAGGCUCGCUGGACGUCCUACGCGUUCCUCGCCAAGCGCAAGGAUUCGCUGGAGGAGUUUAUAAACAUGUAUCUCAAGGAAAAGGUGGUGGACCUGUGGCCCAACGGAUGGAUGCGUUUGGAUGAGCUGCAACGGGAGAUAACCCGCUACAAGAACGCCAAAGUGAAGGCAAAGGAGAAGCCGAAACCCGUUGUUGCCGCUUCUGUGCCCGAGCAACUGCCGCAGGCCAGCAGCUACCUGAAGCCAGCGGAGGAGCCCCGAUCGCGGGGAAACUCCGACACGGACUCAGCUACAAGUGCCUCCUCCAACAGCUUGAAGCGCAAGCUGAAUGAGAUGCCCAGCAAGCAGAGCAACAAGCCGCCGAAGAAAAAGGUGGCCAAGCAGUUGCCCCAGCAACCGCAAUUCCAGCUGGCGCCGGCUGCCACGGCGGCGGUCAGUGUGCCAGCCAUUAGCAAUAACAACAACAAUAACCACCUGCCCCACCUGGACACGCUGCUCUCCAUGCCGAGCACCUCGGCGCACGCAGCGGCCCUAAAUGCUGCUGCCGUAGCAGCCGCAGCCGCCAGCACGGUACUGGAUUUGGCCUCGCCCAGCCGGAAAAUGGACCUUAACAGCAGUAGCAACUUUUACAAUCUGAUUACGGCCGCCACGCUGGCAGCCAGCGGGAAUCCCAGUCCGCAUUCCAGUGACAACCAAGCCAAGGUGAUCGCUGGAGCGCGGCCCUCGCCGCAUGUGAUCAAUCUGGAUGACUACCAGUGUACCAGCGAAAUACUACAGACGUCCAAGCAGCUGGCUGCCACCACCAGCGUCAUCACCUCGACCUCCAAGGCUGCGCAGACCACGCCGGUGGGCAGGGAGAGCAGCAGCGAGUCGGAUGGCGUUGAGAUCGUGGGCGUUUUUCCUGCCUCGAAGCCGCAAAAGAAAGUUCAGCCAAAGCCCAAGAACAAGACUCAGAACAGGGGACGAUCGUCGCUGGGGCAGGUCAAUGGACUGGGCUUCAGCACGAAUAACAUGUACAUCUACAAUAGCCCCAGAUCGCUGGGCCCAGUUUACGAUCUCACCGAUCCGCAUAUAAUGAAGACAAUGUCAAAUCUGAAGGAGAUGGAGAAGCAGUUCAUUCAAGCGGCCUUCUCGCCGAACAACGUCAAGGGAGCAACCGGAGGAGGAAUGGGAUCCUCGGCACCCAGUACGCCGUCGCGCCAAUGACAAUCGGGUCCGGUCGCACAGCAGCCCAUUCCGGCUGCAGUGACGGCCUUUUACAACCAGGAGGCAAUGGCCGCCGCCAUCGUGCUCUCCACGAUGAGCCAUGCGUCGCCGCGCUACGACCUGCUUGCGAACGGAGCCGCUCAGGUGGGAACCUCUGCCAACACACUGCCACAAGUAUUUGUUAAGCCCAGCCUGCCGCAACCAAGCGCUGCCGGCGACGUGGUGAACUCGACUGGAGCUGGAGCUGCUCACCCGCCCGCGCAACAACUGCCCACAAAGUUCAUGUAGCCAGGAUCACUCAGCUCGUUCCCCUGGCGAUUCUAAUCUAAGAUUCUAGGGCUGGUUCUAGGUAGGUUUCAUUCGCAGCUGUGUCUGCCUUCCAAUCAUUUGCACCAGUUUCAUUAUUGUUUUCUCAUUGAGUCGUUUACCCACUAAGUCAGUGUACUUUGCAAACAUUAAUAAAGCAAGUUUAUAUAUAUAUAUUUAUUUAUAGAGAACCAUUUUUAUUAAAUAAAGGCGAAUAAGUUAUGUAAUAAAAGUAAAUCAAAAGGCGCUCCUUCUUUGCACACAGCGAAUAUAUAUGUAUGUAUAUUGAAUCGAUACAAAAUUAGUUCUGUAAACCAUAAAGAUAACGCUAAAACCAGCGACUGCCAGAGAACUCCAACGCACUGUCACGGAAACAAUAACUUAGCCUAAUUUGUAAAAGAUAACACACGUGCCUGAUGAUGAUAUAUAGCCGGACUAUCGGGCUGUCGGGUGGUUGGUCUGGGAU